UCUGGGUGCGCUGUCGCCGCUAUAGUCGCUGUCUGGGUCUCUUCCGCGAUACCCCUGCACCAAGGCUGCUUCCCGGGCUCUAGGCGCAGACACCAUGUACGGAUUCGUGAACCAUGCCCUGGAGCUGCUGGUGAUCCGCAAUUAUGGUCCUGAGGUGUGGGAAGACAUCAAAAAAGAGGCACAGCUGGAUGAAGAAGGCCAGUUUCUUGUCAGAAUAAUAUAUGAUGAUUCCAAAACAUACGACCUGGUGGCUGCAGCAAGCAAAGUCCUCAACCUCAAUGCUGGUGAAAUCCUGCAGAUGUUUGGGAAGAUGUUUUUCGUCUUUUGUCAAGAGUCUGGCUAUGAUACCAUCUUACGUGUCCUGGGAUCUAAUGUCAGGGAGUUUUUACAGAACCUCGAUGCCCUGCAUGACCACCUUGCUACCAUCUACCCAGGCAUGCGUGCCCCUUCCUUCAGGUGCACCGAUGCAGAAAAAGGCAAAGGGCUCAUUUUGCACUACUACUCAGAAAGAGAGGGGCUUCAGGACAUUGUUAUUGGGAUCAUCAAGACUGUUGCUCAACAGAUACACGGCACUGAGAUAGACAUGAAGGUUAUUCAGCAAAGAAAUGAGGAAUGUGACCAUACUCAAUUUUUAAUUGAAGAAAAAGAGUCAAAAGAAGAGGACUUCUAUGAAGAUCUGGACAGGUUUGAAGAAAAUGGUACCCAGGAAUCACGCAUCAGCCCAUAUACCUUCUGCAAAGCCUUUCCUUUCCACAUAAUAUUUGACCGGGACCUAGUGGUCACUCAGUGUGGCAAUGCCAUCUACAGAGUUCUCCCACAGCUCCAGCCUGGGAACUGCAGCCUUCUGUCUGUUUUCUCUCUGGUCCGCCCUCAUAUUGACAUCAGUUUUCAUGGGAUUCUUUCACACAUCAAUACAGUCUUUGUACUGAGAAGCAAGGAAGGAUUGCUGGAUGUUGAGAAACUUGAAUGUGAGGAUGAACUGACUGGGACAGAGAUUAGCUGCUUACGUCUGAAAGGCCAGAUGAUCUAUUUACCUGAAGCAGAUAGUAUUCUAUUUCUCUGUUCACCAAGUGUGAUGAACUUGGAUGACCUGACAAGAAGAGGCCUGUACCUGAGUGACAUUCCCCUUCAUGAUGCCACCCGAGACCUGGUUCUUUUGGGAGAGCAGUUCCGGGAGGAAUAUAAACUAACACAAGAGUUGGAAAUCCUCACUGAUAGGCUGCAGCUCACAUUAAGAGCCCUGGAGGAUGAGAAGAAAAAGACAGACACAUUGCUGUAUUCGGUCCUUCCUCCAUCUGUUGCCAAUGAGCUGAGACACAAGCGCCCAGUGCCUGCCAAAAGAUAUGACAAUGUGACCAUCCUCUUCAGUGGCAUUGUGGGCUUCAAUGCUUUCUGUAGCAAACAUGCAUCUGGAGAAGGGGCCAUGAAGAUUGUCAACCUACUCAAUGACCUCUACACCAGAUUUGACACACUGACUGAUUCACGGAAAAACCCAUUUGUUUAUAAGGUGGAGACAGUUGGUGACAAGUAUAUGACAGUGAGUGGUUUACCAGAACCUUGUAUCCACCAUGCAAGGUCCAUUUGCCACCUAGCCUUGGACAUGAUGGAAAUUGCUGGUCAAGUUCAAGUAGAUGGUGAAUCUGUUCAGAUAACAAUCGGGAUCCACACUGGGGAGGUGGUGACAGGUGUCAUAGGACAGCGGAUGCCCCGGUAUUGUCUUUUUGGAAACACUGUCAACCUCACAAGCAGAACAGAAACCACAGGAGAAAAGGGAAAGAUCAAUGUGUCUGAAUAUACAUACAGGUGCCUCAUGUCUCCAGAAAAUUCAGAUCCACAGUUCCAUUUGGAACAUAGAGGCCCGGUGUCUAUGAAGGGCAAGAAAGAGCCAAUGCAAGUUUGGUUCCUAUCCAGAAAAAACACAGGCAUAGAGGAAACAAACCAGGAUGAAAACUGAAUCUCAUAUUGUGGGACAAAGAGAACUGUCAGUUGGCUUCUGGUGACAGCGUAACACGUGUCAAGCCUAGGAGUAACUAUUCCCUGUGGAUACUGAUUUCUACUGUCCUUUUUAGUGACCCAAAACUUCCUCCUAGUUAGACAUAUCUGACAUUGUCCAUUAUCUGAUGUUAGUUUUGCUUUUGAAUACCUUUAAAGUCUUGGUACAUUUUCUAAAGUUUGGCUUUUGAUGUGGAUGAUUGGAGCUUUGUGUUCUUUGAAUUCUGCUACAAGCAUUAACCUAAACUGGUGAUCUAAAAGUAGACACCCAAUAUAUAUUAGUUGAAAUAAAUAAAAUGAGACUUAAUAGUCUCUGGCCAUGUAUGUGUAUAUCAUGGCUUAGCAGAUUUGUUUUAUUUCCCACAUGUAUGUACAUAUAUAUUUUAAUGGCUAUGACAUAAAACAAAGUUUAUAUCAUGUUGUUGCAUGUUAUUCUAGAAACCAUUUUCUAAAGGAGUGAAUCUAAGUUUUAGGAAAAUUGCAAUUAUUUUCUAGAUUUUCUAGACUUCUAAGUAGGAAUUACUAUGUUGUACUAAGAAAAGAGUGACUAUUUUGAAGUAUGUUAAUUCCCUUCUCUUAUUGUAAGAUUUGGUUGCUCAUUCAAAUCUCAUGUCAAAUAGGGUUUAUCUAACAUCUGAUAUGUCCUAAUUUGUAUUGUAGUUCUUUACUUAGUUUCAGAAACUACUGGUGGCUGUGAUGGGGCUGCAUUGUUUCACACUGGAAGGUUACAUUUGCUUGAGCAAGUGUUGGAGCUCAAACUAUAUCAAAAAACAAAGCUGGGAAUACACAGCUAGUACACUGCUAUUAGAGCCAGCCUUGGCCUAUCUCCCGACCUGAGCUUCCUAUAUUAUCUUAGGAGAAUGUCAACUCAUCCAGGACAUCAUAUUCAGAUUAUUCAGAAAAUCAUUUUAAUUUCAACAUAGAAUGCACUUCAUUUCUGUUGGAAUAUUUGGCCUAUUAUCCUUUAUAUAUCUCUGAUAACUUAUUUAUAUAUCUGUCUUUAUAAAAUAUAGUGCAACUACUUUUGUGUAAAAAUGUUUGUCUUUAAAUUUAGUAUUUCAUGUCAGCACAUCAAUAUAUGUAUAAAUGAUACAUGUUAAUUGUGUAAAAACCUCUACAAUAAAUUAUUUUUUUCACUUGUC